AUGGCAUCCACCGCCACAACUCACCGUUGCAACUCUUCAAACCCUAACGACGACAAUUACGGACUCAGUAGCCCACACUUCCAACGCCUAAUCACCCACCACUCUACAUCAUCAUCAAAAUCCACUGUCAAAUCAAUAACAAUCACCCCCGCAUUUCUCGCCACCGACAAAACCAAUAUCCUCUGUUGUGCUAUCUGCAAAGAAGACUUUUUAACCAACGACCAAACCAAACAAUUACCUUGUACACACCUUUAUCAUUCCCAAUGUAUCCUUCCGUGGCUCUCCGACCACACCUCCUGCCCCUUGUGUCGCUUUCAGUUGCCCCAAAACCUCGUUGACGCUACAUUGUUACGAGAAUCUGAUUCUAAUAGAAGUCUUUCUAUGAGUGAUGAUGAGGAAGGUCUAGACGAUGAGACCAUGUUAAGGAUUGGGUUUGAUAACCUUGAUGAUCAAAUGUAUCUGGAGCCCGUUGCUAGUAGUCGUAUUAGUGUUGCCUUUCCUUAUUAUCACCAAAGGGAGCCGGCUGAAAUUGAUGAUGAUCUUCAGUUGUUUAUAAAUGAUGAUGAUAAUGGUCAGCUAGAGUGGGAAAGGGAGUUGCCGCCGCGUUCUCCGAAUUCGGAAAGUGGUGUUGGUGGAGAGCUAGAAGGAAUUGCUCCUUGGGAUGUUUGGGCUCACAUUGGAUUUUGGUCUACUUAA